AUGGAGUGGGUUGAAAUAAUUGAACCAAGAACUAAGGAACAUAUGUACGCAAAUCUGACAACGGGAGAAUGUGUUUGGGAUCCUCCAGAAGGUGUGAAUGUGAAACGAACAGAUAGUUCGCAGUGGUGGGAAUUGUUUGAUGUACAUACUAGUCGAUUUUAUUAUUACAAUGCCGCUUCACAAAGCACCGUGUGGCAUACUAUGAAUUGCGACAUCAUACCUCUUGCCAAGCUACAAACAUUGAAACAAAAUACUGAUCCUUGUGAAAAACAUGACAGCACAACACAUAAUUCAAAAGCCCUUUUACAGCACCAGUGCUAUGAAGACAGAUGCACAACAACAACUCGUUCAAGCGUUGAUUCGAAUUGUGAAAUGCUUACAAGUCCAUCAGGCUACAACAGAGAUCGUGUCACACCUGAUGGUACUCGUGCAAGUGGAUCUGAAAAAAGUUCACAUAGGUAUUGCAAACAUGGUCAUUCACAUGUUGGACAUUCAGGUCACAAACAUACAGAUAGCGGCAGAUCUAGUGAUUCCAGUUUAUCUAGUGCACAUGGCUAUAGGCGAUUACAAGAGUCUAGCCACUUACGUGUUUCAUCAGGGGCAUCAUCAUCACAAAGACAUCGUGGACAAUCAGAUACUGGUGGACCCCCACAUUCUGCAAGUACUCCACAACUCAAAAAGAAACAUGCCAGUGGUAGCUAUGUGCAAGGAAUAACCAUAAGGAAUCUUAUAAAAGACCAGUCCAAUCAAAUGCCUUUGGCGCGAUCUGGUAGUUUCAUGUCUUCGAGAGUUGAUAACAGUGAUGAUUCAAUGCAUGAGAAAUAUUUUAAAUCUGUUGAAAAUACUCCUGUAAGCCGUAGAAGAAGCACAAAAACUUCCAACCAGAGUUCUAGUGAUUCUAGUCCACAUAGUCCUGAUCACAAUAAAAUUAAUAGGCAUGUCUCCCACAUAGAAAAUCAAUUUGCAGCUAAAGGAGGAGAACAUAAAUGUAACCAGAUAACAAAACCAAACCGUCCUAGUCUAGUCAGUUCUAUAUCCCUUGCCACUGAAUCUCUGUGCCAACCUGUCAAGUCGAAUAUUAAUAGUAUAGACCGACUCAAUUAUGGGAUAGAUAAAUACAACAUUAAAUGUUCCAGUAAUAAACAUAAUUCAGAUGUUACCAGUAGGUACUUCCAUGACAAAAACAUUGAUAUUGAAAAUGUUGAAAAACAAUCGAAAUAUUUAGAUAAAUUUAACUUUGAUGAUAAAACUGGUGCUAAAACUUCAUAUUCUUUAGAUAGAGAUGCAUCAAGUUCUGAUGCUGAUUAUUUUAAAUAUUCUUCCAAUUCACGUAACAAAACAAAGUCUGAUGUAGAAACAUUUAGUAAGAUAAAGCAUAACUCAGCUCCUGAAGGUUAUAGACAGCAGAGUCAAAAAACUGCAUCAGAUAAUUAUUUGUCAAAAAUUAGUUCAGGACCAUAUCUCAGUAAACCAAAUUUAGAAAAGCACAACUUAGAAUACUCAAAAAGUGAUAAGAAAAAUAAGGAAAAAAAUACAAUACAAUCUAAACUUGAAUUAGAUGUUAAGGUAGAUGGAAGUAAACAGAAAUAUACCAUUGAGCAUGAUAAUGGUAAUAAUACAUCACCAUUGUACUCCAAUUGGGACUUAGAAAUGCAAGAACACUUAUUGCCUUUGCAACAUUAUAUAUUAGAGCAAGCUAAAUUAUCAGGUUAUUCAUACAGUGCGGGUGAUCCUUUAGAUAGUGACUCCUUACAUUCAGAUAGUCAAUCAGAAGAAUCACUUAGUGGUCAUGAACCCGAUAAUGAAGAUUCAGAUCAUUCUGGCAGCAAUGAUGAUUAUUUAACACAUCACUACAGUUCUGCACAAGAUUAUGGUGCCCAUAGUGUUGCAUACUACAAUACUACUCUGCAAAUAUCAGAUUCCAAACAUGACGAUAACUCAAGCAAACAACCUAUUUCCGAAAAUAAAUUGGAACCCGAGCUUACAAGGCUCUCAAUAGAUACAGAUUCUUUGGAUGCAGUAACUUUAUCUCAAGAACAAGCACUAUAUAGUCCUGUUCAAGCGCUUUCGAAACCAACAGCUAUUAAUAUUAGUUCAUUACCAGUAAAAGAGUGCGAUAUAGAACAAUUUGCUCAUGACAAUCUGAAUUUACAUGCAAAAGGCAUAUUCAGGAAAAAGUCAAGUGUUCGUGAUAUGUUGAGUUGGACAGGAAAUGCUAUAAGCAGACCGAUGUUGGCACUUUCUAGAGAUAAAAUAGCAAAGAAGGAUGCAAUUGAAUUAUUUAAACGUGUACAAAUUUAUAUGGGUGAUCGAAAAGCUAGGCCUGGUAUGACAUUAAAUUCGGUCGCAAUGGAAAUUAUUGCUACUGCUUUUGGUAAUCCAGCAUUACGAGAUGAAUUAUAUGUGCAAUUGUGCCGUCAAACUACAGAGAAUCCUCAGAGGGACUCCUUGCUUCGUGGUUGGGAAUUACUAGCCAUUUGUUUAUCUUUUAUACCCCCAUCGUCAACAUUUCAAGCUGCUUUACUUGGUUACAUGAAUAGGCAUAGAGAUCCAGCUUUUGCUACUAGUUUUCCAGAAGUUGGAAAGUGGCCCAUACAUGUUCAAGUAUCACAUUAUGCAACUGUUGCUUGUAAUAGGUUGGAAAGAAUUGGUUGUGCGGGUAAGAAACAAGCACGUAGAGCAUCAUCUGAUGAAAUUGAUCAGUCACGGUUACAAAUAUUUCACCCAUCAAUGUUCGGAAACACACUGGCUGAAGUUAUGGAGUUACAAAAGCUUAAAUUCCCUCACAAAAAAUUACCCUGGGUUCAAGUUGCUUUAUCUGAACAAGUUUUACGAUUGAAUGGCUUUCAAACAGAAGGUAUAUUCAGAGUAUCAGCUGAUGUAGAUGAAGUAAAUACGUUGAAAAGCAAAUUAGAUAAAUGGGAGUUACCAGAAUUAAGCAGUAGUAUGGAUGCCCAUGCUCCAGCAAGCUUACUAAAACUUUGGUACAGGGAAUUGUAUGAGCCUCUCAUACCUGAUGUUUUGUAUAAUGAAUGUGUCACUACUGAAACGCCACAACAUGCUAAUGAUAUAGUAAACAGAUUACCUGCAUUAAACCGAGUGGUUCUUAUAUAUUUGGUCCAUUUUUUGCAACUAUUCUCUCAACCUGACGUUGUGGCAAGUACGAAAAUGGACUCAGCAAAUUUGGCCAUGGUGUUUGCUCCCAAUUGUUUGAGAUGCACAUCAUCUGAUCCUCGAAUAAUAUUAGAAAAUGCCAGAAAGGAAAUGGCUUUUAUGCGCAUGCUAAUACAGCAUUUGGAUACUAGUGAAGUUAAAGAUGUAACAUAAUUAGCACUCUUAUUAUUUAUUUAUAUACUAUUUUAUUGACAUCAAUAUACCAAAGAAUAUGACGUCAUAUUGCAACAUUUGCUCUCAAAUAAUAUUUACACUUAGUUAUGUAAGAAAAUGUUAAUGUAUCUGAUCGCUUUGUGAUAUAUUAAUCAAAU